AUGCAGAGGCAGCUCGCAGGGCUGGCUUUGACGGACGUGAGCGGCGCAGCUAUCUACGCCCAGUGCUACGACCCUCUCCUCGCCGAAGGCUACCUCUCGUCCUUUCUCCCGGCGCUGCAUGCCGCCACCCUGGACUCGAUUAGCACGUCCAGCCAGCUCCACUAUUGCCCCUACCCGUGCAUCUACAGAAAGCUUGGCGGGCUGUUCCUCUUUGUGAUCGGCGCGGAAGCGGAGAAUGAGAUGCUUCUCUGCGAUAUCGCCUCCACGGUUGUAGAGGCGUUGGUGGGCAUACUUGGUGAGCGCCUCUCCCUAGCGGCGUGCAAGGAGCAGUAUGCAUCUAUCUGCAUAACUCUUGGGGAAAUUGUGGACAAUGGGUUUUACCUUUCUGAUAACCCAGCUGGCCCGCAAGUGAGUGAGAGGUCCUUCAAGCAAACCUUGAGCGACGGCGCCCGCUUUCUUCUCGGAGCACUCAUGAACUGA